AAACUGUCAAACUUCAUAAGUUUUUUUGUAGAUUGUCAACCCAAAUUAAACCGCUAUUUUGUCAAAAUUGUUAGGAUAUGACAAAAAGAAUAAAAUUCAACUUAUUCAACUAAACCCACGGACAAUAUUUAAUCAUAAUCAUGGAGGAUCAAGGUUGUCCACGUUGUAAAACUACUAAAUACAGAAAUCCAUCAUUGAAAUUGAUGGUAAACGUAUGUGGCCAUGCUUUAUGCGAAAGCUGUGUUGAUUUAUUGUUUCUGAAAGGUUCUGGUUCGUGCCCAGAAUGUAAGGUUCCUUUACGGCGGAGUAACUUCCGCGUGCAGUUAUUCGAAGAUGCCACGGUAGAAAAAGAAAUAGAUAUAAGGAAACGAGUUUUGAAAGAUUUCAAUAAGAAAGAGGAAGAUUUCGCUACACUGAGAGAGUACAACGAUUAUUUAGAGGAAAUUGAAACUAUAAUAUUUAAUUUAGUAAAUAAUAUAGAUGUUGUAGGCACAAAUAAAAAAAUUGAACAGUAUAAAAAAGACAAUAAAGAAAUUAUAAUGAAGAAUAAGGCAAAAAUAGGAAGAGAAGAGUUAGAACUAGAAGAGAUAUUAGAAAUAGAAAAACAAAUGGAGGAACUUCGUAAAGCAGAGAUGUUGAAAGUAGAAGAAGAGGCAAAGAAACAGAAGAUUAGAGAAAAAGAGGCUCUGAUUGAUGAGCUUAUGUUUGCUGAUGGUGAUGCUAAAGAGAUACUAAAUACGUUUGCUCAGACUGUCGCUAACAAGAAGGAGGAAGUCGUGCCGGUCGUACCCAAAGUGACUCAGUUUUCAACAGGCGUAAAGUUUACUAGAGGUUCAGGACAAAAACAAAUACCGCUUAUUGAGGAAGGUCCUCUAUAUAAAUAUGAACCACAAGCUAUACCUGACAGAGUGGGUCCCGACCCACCGUCUGUACAGGAGAUUGUAAAUAAUGGAUAUCUGCGACAUGUUAGAGCAGAGACAGAAACUGAGAAGGCGGGUGGAUAUUCCUCAACACUACCGUGUCUUAGAGCCUUACAGGAUGCAUUAUCAGGCCUUUACCACGCUAGCUGA